AUGUCCGACACUACAUUCAAGGGCUGGGCCGGCGCCAAGGUCGAGGACCCCACCACGCACCUCACGCUCAAGGAGUUCACUCCCAAGUCGUUCGACCCCACCGACGUCGAUGUCGCCGUGCGCUACUGCGGCAUCUGCUACACCGACAUUGGCUCGUACCAGGGCGAGUUUGGCGGCAUCGUCGAGGACCGCGUGUGCGGCCACGAGGUGAUCGGCGCCGUCACCCGCGUCGGCUCCGAUGUCAAGCACCUCCAUGUCGGCGACAUUGUCGGCAUCGGCGCCCAGACCGACUCGUGCGGCGAGUGCGAGUGGUGCAAGUCGGGCCAGGAGAACCUGUGCUCGAACAACGCCCUCACCUUUGCCGGCCAGUACAUCAAGGGCCCGAGCAAGGGCACCCCCGUGUACGGCGGAUUCGCCAACUACUGGCGCGGCCCGGCGCACUUUGCCGUGCGUGUGCCCGACUCGCUUGACCCCGCCUCGAGCGCCCCUCUGCUCUGCGGCGGCGUGACCGUCUACGCGCCCCUCAAGCGCUACGGCGCCGGCCCGGGCAAGAAGGUCGGCAUCAUCGGCAUCGGCGGCCUGGGCCACAUGGGCAUCCUGAUCGCCAAGGCCAUGGGCGCGGAAGUCACUGUCCUCUCGCGCGGCCAGUCCAAGAAGGACGACGCGCUCGCCCUCGGCGCCACGCACUACAUCGGCACGGGCGAAGACCUCGCCGCCGACUUCAAGGGCCACGAGAACAGCCUCGACGUCAUCAUUUGCACCAUCAACCCCGCGACCCUCCCGAUCGACCAGUACAUCAGCCUCCUGCGCCCCCGCGGCACCAUCGUGCUCGUCGGCAUCGUGCCCGCGCCGCUCUCGCUCAACACCCUCCCGCUGAUCUUCAAGUCGGUCGCCGUCGCCGGCUCGGUCAUUGGCUCCCCCGCCCAGAUCGCCGAGCUCUUCGAGCUCAUCGCCGCCCACCCCGAGGCCGCGCCCUGGGUCAACAAGUACCGCUUCGAGGACAUGAACAAGGCCAUGACCGACUUCAACGCCGGCAAGGCCAAGUACCGCCUCGUCGUCGUCAACGAGGAGAACGGUGGCAAGCUCUAA